AUGAACUGUCACUCGUACCCGCGAAGGGCGCUCAGUCUCUUUACUCGAUCUUUAACAGACAUCAAGCCAUCAUUCCGUGCGCGACAACUGCAUAGCAAACCCAAUCGGCCAUCAGAUCCCUUCCCUGACGCUCGACCAUCGCAAAGACCGCGCAACGCUCCUACAAGGUCGCCAAAAGCUGUCGCAACCACGACCUUCGACGAGAGCACAGCAGAAUGGACAGUAGGGCGCUCGACUCGUCCCGCAUGGCAGGCUGAGAAGGAGGCCAUGAAGAAGAAGCUCAACGGAGAAGCCUGGAAUCCGCGCAAGAAGCUAUCGCCUGAUACAAUGGAAGGCAUACGGCAUCUGCACCAGACGCAACCCGACAAGUUCACAACACCAGUACUCGCCGAACAUUUCAAAGUCUCGUCUGAAGCCAUACGGCGGAUACUGAAGAGCAAGUGGCAGCCGAGCGACGAGGAGCACGAAGAGCGUAUGCAGAGGUGGGACAAGCGAGGCGAGAGGAUUUGGUCGAACCUGGUAGAAAUGGGUAUCAAGCCACCGAAGAAGUGGAGAGAUAUGGGCGUUGGCCGUGCAGAUAAUGGCGACAGGCGGCCUGUUUGGAAGACACGGAGGAGGAACCAGAUCGAAAUCAGGGACAGCGCUCCUGAGGCAUUCCUGCCUGAGGAAGACAUUAUACCAACUGUCGAUGCGUCCGGCAACCGAAAGACAAAGACCACUAUACCGCUGUCAGACAGGCUAUAG